CUGGGAAGAUUUGUUAGCUCUCUGUCAGUGAGUUUCCCAGCAGCCUGCUGUGUUCAGGAUUACUCUGCUUGGAUUAUGAAAGCAGACGCUCCAAUGUUCAGCAGAAACUGUCAACAGCAUGGCUGUCUUCACUUGUAAACACAGGCAGCUGAGGCAUGCCCAGGCACUGCCCAGGAUAGAGCUGAGAAGCUCUCAGUGGAUGGAUUGCAGCAGAUGUCCAGCCCUGGGCUCCAGAACACAAUGAGACGUUUAAGCUCCAACUCAGAGGACCACUCUCGCCUCACUGCUGCCCUCUCGUGUCUGAAGAGUGCUAAUGAAACAGGAGAUGACCCGAGUCAUGACCCAGGCUACUGCAGCUCUAAGCCCCAACAAGACAGCAGUGCCUUCUCUCUCAGUAGCCCUUUCACCCCACUAAAGCCGACUAGCACCCACGGUCGUUCCAUCUCCAUAUCAGUGGUACCUUGUUCAGAUGACCAGAGACCCAACACAUUACCUGAAGAAAUGGCUGACACCCUGGAGCCAAGCAGCCCUCCUGCCAACCGAGCAUCUAAGACGUGCACUGUGAAGCCCUCCCACACACCACCACCCUCCCGCAAACUGCUGCAUCUCUUCCCAAACAUUGCACUGACAAGAAGCAAGAGUCAUGAGUCACAGCUGGCCAACCGCAUUGAGGAUCCUACAACGAAAUCCUGUAAGAAGAACAAGUUGUUGGCUUCUAUUCAGAUCAAUGGCUAUGGGAACAGUCCUGAGGACUCAACACUGAGGUCACUGUCUGCCACAACACCGGGCCCUACCCCAUCCUCAGCACCAUACAUGAUGCCCAUCACACCCACCCCACUGGACAAUGUAGCCAUGCACAGGAAUUCCCCCCAGACAAUGAGGAGAGACAUUGGUCUAGCCAUAACACACAGGUUUUCAACCAAGUCCUGGCUUUCCCAGACGUGCCAAGUGUGCUGCAAGAGCAUGAUGUUUGGUGUCAAGUGUAAACACUGCAAGUUGAAGUGCCACAACAAAUGUACCAAAGAUGCGCCCUCAUGUCGGAUAUCAUUUCUCACUUUGCCAAGGAUGCGCAGGGCAGAAUCGGUGCCAUCAGAUAUCAAUAAUCGGAUUGAUCACACAGUAGAAAUCCCACUGCAGUUUGGGACUUUGCCAAAGGCAGUAACCAAAAGGCAGGAGCCUGUUCCCAGUUUACACCACCUGGACUCCAGCAGUAACCCAUCAUCAGCCACCUCCUCCACACCUUCCUCCCCAGCACAUUUCCAGCAGAGUAACCCUUCAAGUGUCAGUGCCACCCCCCCGCCCAACCCAUCACCACAGAGCUACAGGGACAACCGCUUCCACUUCCCAGAUGUUGCUGCUUCCACACACACUGUUCAACAUUCUGGAGGCCACUAUGUGCCUGGAGUGUCACAGGAGAUGCUCACUGAGACACAGCUGACAGCAUUGCAACAUGGAGAGGAGGAAGACUACCCAGCUGUGGAUGAAGAAGCAGCUGACACAAGAAACAGAAAAAAGAGCUUUUCUUCUGAGGAGCAUGAUGAGGACGGUCUGGAUGACCUUCCCUCUUCCAUAUACCGCCGUGCAGCUGCUGGCCGCUCAGGAGGCCCCAUUUCUCGUAAGGCCAGCCAGACCAGUGUCUACCUUCAGGAAUGGGACAUACCAUAUGAGCAGCUGCAGCUUGGAGAGCUUAUUGGCAAGGGUCGAUGGGGCAAGGUACAUAAAGGUCGCUGGCAUGGUGAGGUGGCCAUUCGUCUACUGGAAAUCGACGGUAAUAACCAGGAUCAUCUGAAAGUCUUCAAGAAGGAGGUGAUGAACUACAGGCAAACCAGGCAUGAGAAUGUAGUCCUGUUCAUGGGCGCCUGCAUGGCUCCUCCUCACCUUGCUAUCAUCACCAGUUUCUGCAAAGGUUUGACCCUAUACACAGUUGUAAGAGAAAGAGGUCACAUGUUGGACAUCAAUAAAACCAGACAGAUUGCCCAGGAAAUUGUAAAGGGAAUGGGUUAUUUACAUGCCAAAGGCAUCAUUCACAAGGAUCUGAAGUCUAAGAACGUGUUCUAUGACUCCAACAAGGUCGUCAUUACAGACUUUGGCCUGUUUGGGAUGUCUGGAGUGGUACAAGAAGGCAGAAGAAAGAAUGUGUUGCGGAUACCUCAGGGCUGGAUCUACUACCUCGCUCCAGAGAUUGUUCAAAAGAUAAGCCCAGAGGUUGAUGAGGACCAGCUGCCUUUCUCCAAUGCUGCUGACGUUUAUGCUUUUGGAACAAUCUGGUAUGAGCUGCAGACUGGAGACUGGCCGAUCACUGACCAGCCUGUGGAAGCUAAAAUCUGGCUAGUAGGCAGCAGUGAGGGAAUUAGGAAGGUGUUGGCAGAGGCCAAUCUGGGCAAAGAGGUCACGGAGAUCCUGUCUGCCUGCUGGUCCUCCAAGGUAGACGACAGGCCAGCUUUUACUCAGCUGGCAGGCAUGCUCGAUAGACUUCCCAAACUGAACCGUAGGCUGUCUCAUCCUGGGCACUUUUGGAAAACCACAGAGUCAUGGGGUCACCAUCACUGCCUGGGAGAUCACUGCCAUCAGGGCCUAAAUGCACACUGUCCAUACAUGUACAAAUACACCAGCUGAGCCUCAUUUGUAUUGGAAUAAGCAAGUACUGGAAAGAAGAGGUUUUCAGAGUGCUUUUGCAUUUUUAGCUAGUGUUAGCAUUUGAUCUGUCUUCUUGUUGCUUUCAUUCUUCACACCACCUGAUAAAGUCUCCAUGAAAAUGUUAGGCAGGCUGAACUUGUCACUUUGGCCACAGCCUUUGUGUGAAGCUUUAACUAAGACAUGUAGACUACUUUUCAGUACUCUGGCUAAGUACCAUAAUGCAACUUUAGAUGCAAAGUGGAACAUACAUCUGUCACAGAACAUAUCAUUGUAUGAAGAGCUUUAUUAACUGCCAAGCACAGCGAAAAGACAGAAGGAGUAGUUCAGGUAUAUUGUGCCUAUCCAUUGACUAGUAAAAUGUUUCUGCGAAACAAGAAAGAGGGCCACUGACUAGUGCAGCAGCUUUUUUGACUGUCUCCUGCAUGUAUGUUGCAGCUCAUGUUUGGCUUUUUGACAGACAGCUUAAUAUGGGUUGUAUUUGCAUUUACAGCUUCAUUAAUAUGCGUUUGUCCUUCUAAAUGUCAUUUUCAUGCAGAGGCUUCUUCUUAACACUAGGUUUGAUUGGACUGGUUCUCUUUGCAACAGAGAUAUUUUUCCGUUUUUGAUUUAUAGCAAGCAGCUGCACAGUGGAUAGCACUUACGCCUUGCAGCGAGAAGCUCCCUGGUUCGUGUCCCGGCUUUCCCGGGAUCUUUCUGCAUGGAGUUUGCAUGUUCUCCCUGUGCAUUUGUGGGUUUUCUCCGGGUACUCUGGCUUCCUCCCACAGUCCAAAAAUAUGCUGAGGUUAAUUGAUCACUCUAAAUUGCCCGCAGGUAUGAAUGUGAGCGUGAUUGUUUGUCUGUAUAUGUAGCCCUGCGACAGACUGGCGACCUGUCCAGGGUGUCUCCUGCCUUCACCCAAGUCAGCUGGGAUAAGCUCCAGCCGCGACCCAAGUGAGGAUAAAGCGGUGUAUAGAGAAUGGAUGGAUGAUUUAUAGCAAAGCAUAAGCAAAACAGUGCUAGAAUAUAAAGGUUACAGACAACUAAGGGCUUCUACUAUACUUUUGAUAUACACCAAAGAAAAAUGUGUCCGACACCCAAUUAUUUGGUCAUUCAUCUUACAACUAGUGUACUCAUUUCUGUUUCCAUGUGGCUGAAUUCCCAAUACAGCUGUUCUCACUCACGUUUUUUGUUUCUGUUGUCAUUCAGUAGAAUGAGCAUCAAAUUUGAUGAUGGCUCAUAAAUACCUGUAGUGACAAUACUCUAGAAGCAACAAAAGGUUGUUGUGUUCAAACAUAUCAUGUUAGCACAUCUAAAUGAGCUGCUGUUUUUUUUUCUUGUAAUACACAAUUAUUGACGGUAAAACAGCCCUAAUAAAUUAAUAAUGUUUCAAUCAAUAUUAUUAACAUUUCUAAGUUGCAGCUAACUUUUACACAUGGAAGUACACCAGCUAAAUUGACACACAUUUAACAGUUUUCUACUAGCAUUCCUGUCUUGCAUUAUUUGCAGUGCAGUGCUUUUCACUGUCAUAAAUUUUUAUCUUCCUCCUAGCUCCCCAUUAAAACAACCUGUUGACUGAAGUAGGUGGCACACCAUGUCUUCAUUUUCUGUGGAAGAGUCACAUGAUGCAUUAAACGCCUCCUUUUAUGUGAGUGCACACAGUUUGAUGCAAGAAGCGUGAGUGAGUGCACAUAUCUAAAAAUACUAAAACAUAAAAAGUCUGCUAAAAAGCAUUUACGCUGUUUCAUUCCACAAUCCAAUGGUCCACAUUGCAUGAUGGAAAAAUUACUAUUAUGUAUUUAUACAGCUGCCAGUGGCAAUGUAAAAAGAAAAGAUAAAAGAAAACGUUCAAAACCAAAAUUUGCUGUGUAGGUUUGAGUGUUGGUUACAUGGGGAAUGGAUAAAUGAUAGAGAGAUUUCAGAUACUGCUAAAUACACUGACACUACAAUGAGCUCAGCCCAGUUUUAAAUCCUACCCAGACAAAUUUUACUGCAUGUCACUCUCCUGCUAUGUUUGGCCUGUGUUUUUUUUCUUUUAUCUUAUUUUAUCGAUGUCUACAUCAAUCUACAUGAAUCAGUUUUUACGUUUCAGACUGGUUACCAGUUUCCAUUGGCGAUCAUGAGCCUGUCUGUCCACAGCAUAUCUCCAUAUUUGUAAUCUCUAGUCUUCUAUGAAUGCAAUCAUCAUAACAUGGAAGGCUGUUGGUUUCAGUGUAUACUAAUUAGAAGAGAGUAAUAACUUUUAUACCAGGGACACAAAGUUCAUAUUUAAAGGGUUAUUUGUUUGAUUUUUAGGUGGUUUUAAGGUUUUGUGUUUGUCUCAGAGUUUUCGGCCUCCAAUGCAGAUACAUACAGUACAGUACAGUAUCCUGGUGACUUUGGCUGAUCUACAGAACACACUGUGGACAUGAAGACUUUUGACAACAAAAUCCGUAGAUGAAUACAUUAUUAGCAACACUAGCAGUUGCAGUGCUGUGUGGCCACUUGGCUCUAUACUAAAGUAACCACAGUGACUACUAGAUGGAUUGCCAUGAGGUUUUGUUCAGGCAUGCAUGGUACCAAGAUGAACAAAAGUCAUCAAAUGGUGCAAGACCAUUUGAGUUUUCAUUAAAUGCCAUCUUUUAAGUCAAAAAUUCUGUCUUUCCAGGACUGUGGUCUAUGACCAAAUACCUAAAGAUGUUUUCUUCAGCCUCAGCUGGACUUGUGUUUAGUGCUAGUGAACAAAUGUUACCAUGCUAUCACAAAGCCUAAACUAAGACAUCAAUAAGGAAGACAUCUGCUAAAUAUCAGCAUGCUGGCAUUGUCACUGUGAACAUGUGGGCAUGCUUAAUGUUUAAUGUAAAGCACCGUUGUACAUAAGCACAGCCUCAAAGAGCAGUUAGUGUCAUGUUCAGUCCUCUGAGCACCACAAAGUUGGUAAACCUUAGAGACAGACAUGAGGGGAGAUACCACAUGAGUUAUUGACAAGCAAUGUAUUUUUGUAACUUGGAUGUACUGAUCUUUAGAAAAAUGUACUCUCCAAAAUAUGGAAAAAUACUCUAUAUUUAUUACAAUGUUGGAAACAAGAUAGUCCACACUGACCCCUGCAGUUUUGAAUAUCAAGGGACUUUUCUUAGGCUCUUAACCAGUGUGGUGAAACACUGCAGUGAGAUCUGUAGUAUUACAAUAAUACUUGACACAAAUGUAGCCAUUUAUGACAAGCUGGUCCUAAAAUACUAUUUCUUGUGGCAUCUUUGGCUUUGUGUUUUAAAUGAUCAGGCAUCAUUAAUGAAUCAAAGGGCAAACCACUAAUCCAUACCUCCACCACUGAUAUAUAAGGAGAGCUACAAGUGAACUUGUAUUUGCUCAGUCUUACUUUGACUUCUGACAGCAGAACAGUGAUCUGUGGACAGUAUAGUUUUUUUACAGCAGAAAAACAGGUGUGUGUCUCUCUGUGCAAUCUUGCAUUGGGUCUUGUUAGUGAACAGGAUGUGGCUAAUGUGUUUGUGUAUUGUGUUUCCUCAGGCAGGAACAAAAUAUCCACCCACUGAAUGUGUCUGAAAGUAACAGGCUUUACUGUCACAGUGUAAUGCAAUCUAACAUGAUCAAAAUAUGACCGAAUUCAUAUAUGGAAAUACAUUAUACUGCUGGAGAUUGUAUUUAAUUCAGUUUUUAUGUUUGUGCUAGGGUUUCAAGCAUUUUAGUUGGUACCUAAGUCAUAUUUAUAUAGAGAUACUGUGGAAACUGUUUUUAGUGGAUGUUUGUUUUUUUUUUCUUUAUUCUUUUGU